GAAGAUAUGACAACUUAACCUUAAAAUUUUUCGAAAUUCAAAAUUUUACCGUUUUUCCGGCAUUUCAAGUUUAAAAUUGUUUUUUAAAGCGUAAUAUAGAAAAAAAAAACAAGUAAAAAGAAUCUAACUUUCAAGAAUGGGAAGAACGGCAGCCUCUGGGAUUAGGAUCAGCGCUGGUAAAUCAUCUAAAAAAUCUGGAGGAGUUGCAUCGACUUCACGUAACUCGACACCAUCAAAUUAUAAAUCUAAAGCAGGAAGCUCUACAAAAUUACCACCAAUAACAAUUCAAAAAACUCCAUCAUGGCAGAAACCCAUAACAAACUUUUUCCAGUCCAAUAUACAGAAUGAAAAUGAACAAAAUGUGGGUAACGAAAGUAAAAACAUCAAAGAAAAUAUUCAUGAAGCAACUUCGAGUAAUGAAAAUGUAAAAAUCAGUAUUAAAGAUGAUAACGAGAAAGAUAACGACACUUCUGAAAUAGAAGGGUGCACAGAUGAAACUGAGAUUGAUAAAAAUGAUACUAAUCAAGAAAUUGAAUCGAAAUAAAUAACUUUAAUAAGUGUAAUUCCAAAAAAAGUAUUUUAUAAUAGGGAUGUCUGUCCAAAAUGUGAACCAGUUUUAAAUACCUUAAAUAGUUAAUUUUAAUGAUGUAAGUUUUUAAGUACUUAAU